AUGGGUGUCCACAUCUCCUUUGUGCGCUCGACCAACCUCGACAUCUGGCAAUGGGACCAACUUCGCAUUUUCAAGAUGGGCGGCAACGAGAGCGCGACCAAGUACUUCCAAUCGCACGGCGGUUCCGCAGCUCUUGCCAGCAAAGACCACAAGGCCAAAUACACCAGCAAUGCGGCGACCAAGUACAAGGAGGAAUUGGCCAGGCGCUGCGCUGCAGAUGCUAAGCUCUACCCCAACGAAGUCGUCAUAACAGAUGUCCCUGAAGCGGCCGGAAGCGAUGGCACCAACACCCCAGCUGGAGACGACGAUGACUUCUUCUCUUCAUGGGACAAGCCAACUAUUAAGCGCCCCUCGAACCCUCCCUCACGAACUGGCACACCGCGCGCGGGAUCGCCAUUCCUCAAGCCUGGCGCAAACGGCAACGCAACAGACCGUCCCAAGUCACCCCUCGUAGGAGCAGCAGAAGGCACUACACCAGUAGCAAAGCCUGCCGUACGAAAGACCACCGCAGGCGCCGCACCAAAGAAGAACAUUCUCGGCGCAAAGAAAAAGGGCCUGGGAGCAAAGAAAGUCGUCGCCGCGGACGGUGGCCUAGACUUCGAAGAAGCCGAACGCAAAGCCCGGGAAGAAGCAGAGCGCAUCGAGAAACUCGGCUACGACCCCGACGCCGAAGCCGCCGAAGCCGCCGCCACGAAGUCCAGCGUCCCAGAAGCCUCUGCCAUUGCAUCACCCACCCCCGUCUCCCCUCCUCGCGGCGGCUUCGGCUCGACCGCCAAGCCCGAGCGCUCAAAUUGGGGCAUGGGCGUCGCACGUCUUGGAUUCGGCCAGGUCGGCGCAGGCAAGAAGCCCGCCGCACAGCAGAAGAAAAUGGGCGGCUUUGGCAGCGUGGGCCAGCCCGCGCAGGACGAGAGCCAAAAGUACGCCCGCGACAAGUUCGGUACGCAAAAGGGCAUUUCCAGCGAUGAGUUCUUUGGCAGGAAUGCGUAUGAUCCGUCCGCGACGAGUGCGGCCAAGGAGAGGUUAUCUGGCUUCGAGGGCGCAACCUCCAUUUCCUCAAACGCCUACUUCGGCCGCCCCGAAGACGACAUGCCCGAGGAAGACUACGGCGACCUCGAGACCGCUGCCAAGGACUUUGUACGCAAAUUCGGCAUCACCGCUGGCGACGACCUGGAGAAUCUGACGAGCAUGUUGGGCGAGGGCGCGACAAAGUUGCAGGGCGCCGUCAGGAACUACCUCAACUCGUAG